CACACACACACACACACACUCUCUCUCUCUCUCAGUAUAAGCAACCUCACACUCAUUAUUUACAAGAAGUUGGUAGUAGGUAGAGACUAUAUAUAUAAUCUUUAUAUAGUCAGAUAAAAGACUCGUUCCUCUGCUUCUCUCUCUCUCUCUCUCUACCCAUGGCUACUUCCACCUCCUCUCUCUCCCUCUCCCAAUCCUUCCUCUCUCGCUCUUCACCCAACCCCAUCUCAACCCACCAACAAUCCAAUCGCCUCGCCCUGUCCGGAUCCAAACCCGGCUCCAUCUCCCUCUCUUCCACCGUCGUCGCGGGACGGAAGGGACUGGGAUCGCGAGCCGCCACGGUCAGGGCGGCGGCGGUGGAGGCGGCGGAGAAGACCGAUGACGCCGCGGCCGCAUUGGUCGAUAAGUCGGUCAACACGAUCCGGUUCCUGUCGGUGGACGCGGUGGAGAAGGCGACCAGCGGCCACCCGGGUCUGCCCAUGGGUUGUGCCCCGGUGGGACACGUGUUGUACGAUGAGGUGAUGAGGUACAACCCCAAGAACCCUUACUGGUUCAAUCGGGAUCGGUUUGUGCUGUCUGCUGGACACGGGUGUAUGUUGCAGUAUGCUCUUUUACAUCUUGCUGGUUAUGACAGUGUUAAGGAGGAAGACUUGAAAUCUUUCCGUCAAUGGGGGAGCAAAACACCUGGUCACCCUGAGAACUUUGAGACCCCAGGUGUUGAAGUCACAACUGGACCUCUUGGUCAGGGUAUAGCUAAUGCUGUUGGUCUUGCCAUGGCGGAGAAGCAUUUGGCUGCUCGAUUUAACAAACCUGACAAUGAGAUUGUCGAUCACUAUACGUAUGCAAUACUCGGCGAUGGUUGUCAAAUGGAAGGAAUUGCAAAUGAAGCUUGUUCCCUUGCUGGACACUGGGGACUUGGCAAGCUGAUUGCCUUCUAUGAUGAUAACCACAUUUCCAUCGAUGGCAACACAGAAAUCGCAUUUACUGAGACGGUAGAGAUGCGCUUUGAGGGUCUUGGAUGGCAUGUUAUAUGGGUAAAGAACGGAAAUACUGGAUACAAUGACAUCCGUGCCGCCAUUAAAGAAGCAAAGGCUGUCAAAGACAAACCCACUUUAAUCAAGAUUACAACCACCAUUGGCUAUGGGUCACCAAACAAGGCAAACUCGUACAGUGCACACGGAAGUGCCUUGGGUGCUAAAGAGGUUGAUGCCACGAGGAAGAACCUUGGGUGGCCUUAUGAGCCAUUCCAUGUGCCAGAGGAUGUUAAGAAGCACUGGAGUCGCCAUGUUCCUGAUGGCGCUGCUCUUGAAGCUGAAUGGAAUGCCAAGUUUGCAGAGUAUGAAAAGAAAUACAAACAAGAAGCGGCAGAAUUGAAAUCUCUCAUCAACGGCAAAUUCCCUGUUGGCUGGGAGAAGGCACUUCCGACUUACACCCCAGAGAGCCCAGCAGACGCCACCCGGAAUCUGUCUCAGCAAUGCCUUAAUGCCUUAGCAAAAGUCCUUCCUGGACUUCUAGGCGGAAGUGCCGAUCUCGCUUCGUCGAACAUGACACUACUGAAAAUGUUUGGCAACUUCCAAAAAGAAACCCCGGAGGAACGUAAUGUUCGAUUCGGAGUUAGGGAGCACGGCAUGGGUGCCAUUUGCAACGGCAUCGCUCUCCACUCCCCUGGCCUAAUCCCCUACUGCGCAACUUUCUUUGUCUUCACAGACUACAUGAGAGGGGCCAUGAGGCUCUCUGCCUUAAGCGAAGCCAGAGUUAUCUACGUGAUGACUCACGAUUCAAUCGGAUUGGGAGAAGAUGGGCCAACGCACCAACCCAUCGAGCACUUGUCUAGCUUCCGGGCGAUGCCAAAUAUUCUAAUGCUCCGGCCAGCCGAUGGCAAUGAGACCGCUGGUGCAUACAAAGUUGCUGUGAUGAACAGAAAGAGACCCUCAGUUCUUGCUUUAUCCCGCCAGAAGCUACCUAACCUUCCUGCAACAUCAAUUGCCGGAGUAGAGAAGGGUGGGUAUGUAAUUUCUGACAAUUCUGUGGGUAAUAAACCGGAUGUUAUCUUGAUCGGUACUGGUUCGGAGUUAGAAAUUGCUGCGAAAGCUGGGGAUGAGCUUAGAAAGGGUGGAAAGACUGUUCGUGUCGUGUCGUUGGUGAGCUGGGAGUUGUUUGAUGAGCAAUCGGAUGAGUACAAGGACAGUGUUUUACCGGCUAGUGUUUCUGCUAGGGUUAGUAUUGAAGCAGGAUCAACUUUUGGGUGGGAGAAGAUGGUGGGAAGCAAAGGAAAGGCUAUUGGGAUUGACCAUUUUGGAGCCAGUGCCCCGGCGGAUAAGAUAUACAAGGAGUUAGGACUUACGGUGGAGGCUGUAGUUGAGGCGGCCAAAGCUCUAUGUUAGCUAGGUUUGUUAAAUGGUGACAAUUUUUUGCACCUUCUUUUGAAUGGAAAUUUGGGUGUUGAUAUGGCUUUCUAAAUCGUAGACGGCGGCUUUGCGUAGGACAAGUUAGGGAAGCCUAAAUCCUUAAAACUUGAAAAUCCUCUUGGAUGAAUAAGAGUGAAACUACAAUUAGCAAGAGGGAGAUGUUUUUUUCCCCGUCUGAUCUGAUAUAUUCCUCAAUGGAUUUUGUAAUGUUUUGAAAGACUCAUCCUGAGAAGUUUUCAGUA